AUGCCCUCUACACCCGUCCUCCCCUGCCUCCCGUCCUCCUCAGCGCCCAUCGUCCGCACCCCCGGUCCGGCUGGUACCUACCCCCUCCAGCGCCCCACCUACACUAUACCUCCCUCCCUCUUCCCGCACAUUCAGACGGCAUCCGACCAUCUCAGAUCCGGGCGUACUGUCGCUCUACCCACGGAAACGGUAUACGGCCUCGCUGCUUCUUCACUCAACCCAUCAGCUCUACAGUUGAUCUACAAAAUAAAAAACCGGCCGUCUGAUAAUCCCCUUAUCAUCCACAUUUCCUCCUUGGACAUGCUACAAUCCCUCCUCCCUACCCAUGCUCAGCCCUCGGCACUGUACAUGGCGCUCAUCACGGCCUUCUGGCCUGGCCCCCUCACACUCCUCUUCCCCUCGAAAUCCCCACCGCCUUUACCUGCCCCGCAAACCAACGCCAUCCGGAUGCCGAACCACCCCCUCACGCUCGCAGUGAUCAAUCACGCAGAUCUGCCAUUAUCCGCGCCAUCAGCGAACAGCUCAGGACGGCCCAGUCCGACCAGGGCAAGAGAUGUAGUGCGCGAUUUGGACGGAGCGGAGGGACUGGGGUGUAUACUGGAUGGAGGGGACUGUGGAGUCGGCGUAGAGAGUACAGUGGUCGAUGGGCUGGCGUGGAAGGAGGGCGGCGGAGGAUAUGUCGAUGUCCUCAGGCCGGGAGGGCUGGGAGUGGAGGAGAUCAAGCGGGUCGUCGAGGAGGUAGAUGGCAAAGAAGGGAUGACGGAGAUCAGGGUACACGGGAAACCAUGGCGAGGGCCAGCCAAAGCCUCGGCGGUGGGCUACACCAAACCAACAGCUACUGCUUCUCAGACCAAAGAGGCAAGAUCAGUGGAGAGAUCAUCGUCCGAAGCAUCCUCAUCCAAGCUCUUCCCAUCGACACCGGGCAUGAAAUACCGGCACUACUCCCCCCGCGUCCCCGUGUACCUCCUCCUCCCCUCCAACUCCUUCCCUCGCCCAUCGACGACCGCCGCAUCUUCACCGUCGGACCCCUCCUCUGUCCUUCGCUCACUGGCAUCCCGGCAUCCCUCCCCUAAGCCCCGAUUUGGACUACUCCACUAUACCUCCUCACCCCUCUUCCACUCCCUCUCCUCCGACAGUACUGGAUCAUCCGUGCCGGAGGCAACCUACGACCUGACCCUCAUCCCACUCGGCCCGGACUCUACAUCCGCCGCCCAACGUCUCUUCUCGGGCUUGCUAGAUCUGGAAGGCGGGGAAGCUGGGUUAGGAGGGGUCGAUGCGAUCCUGGUGGAGGGAUGUACGGACGAAGGUCUAGGCUUAGCAGUGAUGGAGAGAGUGGGGAAGGCUGUCGGUGGAGGUGGAGCUGUGGGUGCGUUGGGCGUAGGAGAGGGCUCAGGCGGGGAAGAAGGGAGGUUUUGGGUACAGGUCUAG